CUGGAUAAACACAUUAACUUUAUUUCAUACAUCUGAAUGUGUUAUUUCUCGUUAGUGUUCCUCCGCCAUCGUGGCAGCAGUAAACGGGACUUUCCAUCAUAAAGAGGGGCUGUAACUUUAAGUUACUUUCGGUUUCACUUUGUCAGUCUCAAACCAGCUCUGUCGUCGUUUGAACAAGCAGCCGGUUUACAUUUAUUUACGUUAUUUUGAACAUAUCGGUGUCGGUUUACUGUGUCAGUAUUAACCUAUAUCAAACCGACCAAUACAACUUGACUGGUGAGGAAAUAACCUGUAGGUGAUGCAGAAAAUGAGCUACUUCUUCCCCCUGCUCUUCGUGUGCCUGGAUGUGUGUGUGGUGCACGCCAUCCGCUUGGCCCAGCUCUCACCUGUCCUCCUCCACCGUCCCUUCCUCACCCUGUGGGUAGGAGGGUUGGCCAGGGCCGGCCUCCUCGCCCUCCUCACCCUCAGCUCCCCUCUGAGACCGCUGUGGAUGAGCAGCUUCGAGGGGCUGCAGAGCUUAGGGGUCCUUUGCUUCCACUUCCCGGCGUUCACCACUCUCCUCUGGGCGCUGGGGAUGCCCACCAUGGAGGAGCUGUGGGGGUGGCACUCCUGGGAACGGGUGUUACAGGGUUAUGUCGUGACGGUAGUGGCCUGGCUCUACUGGAGUCGAUACGUGUCGUCUCUUUUGCUCUCCUGGGGUCGAUACAUCUCGUCUCUGCUGACGAGGGCGCCCUCUGAGAAGCCCAAAGACGACACCAGUACUGCCCUGAGGAAGCUGAUGGGAUUCAUGCUGCCUUAUCUCUGGCGCUUUGUUUUUGUGCUGGUUCUCGUGUUUCUUUCUUCUUAUGGCGAGAUGGCCAUUCCUCAGUACACCGGUCGUGUGGCUGACUGGAUCACAAAUGAAGAAGCACCGGAUGCAUUCACAGAGGCCAUCUACAUCAUGACGCUGAUGACUAUUGCCAGUGCUGUGCUCGAGUUUGCAUGCGACCUCAUGUACAACGUCACCAUGAGCUGCAUUCACACCUCAGUGCAGGGAGCCGUCUUCCAGGCUGUGCUGAAACAGGAGAUUGCUUUCUUUGAUAUUCCAACAGGUGAAUUGGUGUCCCGCGUUACCACGGAUACCAACGAAAUGAGCGAUGCGCUGAGUGAGAAAUUGAGCCUUCUGAUGUGGUACACGGCACGUUUUGGAUUCCUCUUGUUCUUCAUGGUGAGCCAGUCAUGGAAAAUGACCCUGCUCACCUGCAUGGGACUGCCCAUCAUCUGGGUCAUACCUAAGCUCACCGGACACUUCCACCAGGCUAUUGCUGUGAAGGUUCAGGAGUCGCUGGCUAAGGCCAACCAGGUGGCCACAGAGACUUUCUCCUGCAUGAAGACAGUGAGGAGUUUUGCCAACGAGGACGGUGAGACGGAGAGGUACAGACGGCGGCUGGAGGACACUUACGGCCUGAACAAGAAGGAAGCAAUGGCGUAUGCAGCCUCUACCUGGGCUAACAGCAUGACCACCAUGAGCCUGAAGGUGUGUAUUCUGUACUAUGGAGGGACUCUGGUGACCAGAGGGGACGUUAGCAGUGGAGACUUGGUGUCAUUCGUCCUCUACGAGCUGCAGUUUGCCUCUGCUGUUGAGGCUGUCAUGCAAUAUUACCCGGCGGUGAAGAAGGCAAUUGGUGCCUCUGAGAAGAUCUUUGAAUUUUUGGAGCGCAUACCUAAAAGACCCCAAAAUGGUACUUUGGACCCUAAAAAUCUAGAGGGACACAUUCAAUUCAAAAAUGUAACAUUUUCCUAUCCUACAAAGGGAAACAAUCUUGUGCUCAAGGACUUGUCUCUGGAGAUAAAGCCAGGCCAAAUCACUGCCCUUGUGGGGCUCAACAGAUCAGGGAAGUCCACCUGUGUCAAGCUGCUGGAGAGAUUUUACGAGCCCUAUGAGGGGGAGAUCCUACUGGAUGGGAAAAACCUGCAACGGUACAAAGACCAGUACCUCCAUGAGAAGAUUGCUGUGGUGAACCAAGAUUGUGUGCUGUUUGCUCGCUCUGUGCGGGAGAACAUCAAGUACGGCUACGAGGAUGCGUCUGAUAAGGAUAUGUUCGAGGCUGCCAAACUAGCAAGUGCCCACAAGUUCAUCAUGGAGCUGUCAAACGGCUACGACACAGAUGCUGGGGAGAAGGGAGGCCAGGUGUCUGGAGGUCAGAAGCAGCGCAUUGCCAUUGCCAGAGCUUUAAUCCGAAAGCCUAAAAUCCUGAUUCUUGACAACGCCACCAGUGACUUGGACGCAGAGAAUGAAUAUCAGGUCCACCAAGCUUUGUUAAACCAAAACAACAACUGCUCCGUGCUGCUGAUAUCCAACAAGAUGAGCGUUGUAGAGAAGGCCGACCACAUACUUGUGCUCAAGGACGGGAUGGUAAAGGAGGAUGGAAGUCACGAGGAGCUGCUGCAGAGAGGCGGUCUUUAUGCUGAACUGGUGAAUAAGGGGAAUAUGGGCUUUCACCGUCAAGAAGAGGAGAGGAAUGAUAUACACUGAUACAAGGGUUUUCCCUAAAGGCCUGAGAAGCAGUCGAAUUACAUGAAGGUUGCUGGUUUCUAAGUCCAGACUUAAAGGGCCAACAAUGGUCUACAACCGGAGAUACACUAUUGUAGGGAUAGCUUCAAUGAUAGAAAUGAUAUGUCAAAAUCUCUGACAGUUGAAACAUUUAAAUCAUUCCUUGGUAAUUAUCAUCAUAUUGCCCAACCAGCUCCCAUAGCCCAAUGGAUGUGACGAGAGUUUAUGUGGAUCACACACUCUAACGCUGUAUACACUUUGCAAAUAUAGACGUAGAAGAUUUCAGUCAGAUAGAUUAUAGGUAUUUUAUUUCGCUAUAUUUAAGAUGAGUGUUUCUAAAUGAUUUGGUUGUUUAUAUUUUUUUUUUAUGUUUGUCUUUGUAAUAUUGCUUCUGUACUUUCACUGGAUUGAUGAGUCUUUACUUAUUAACAAGUUUUUGCAGAUGAUUGUUCUUUUUUCCUUUAUUUUUUUAAAGUUUUUUGUUGUCUUUGUUGUUGUUUUUUUCACUAUCCCAGUCCUGGUAUGAGAUAUUUUGGGCUCUGUCAUAAGACCCUUUGUUUUACUUUGUUUGCACUAAAAGGGAGUUUUCCAAAGUUUGAGAGGGGAAUCUCCGUCUGGGCUUGAAACUUGAAAUAUUUGUAAUAAAACUGAGUCCCCCAGCUUUAUGGGGGUGCAGUAAUAAAUCACUUGAGUGUUCCUUUAAAUGUUGUGUCCUGCACCAGAUGGAGUGACAUCUACAUUGUCAAAUAGUCUUUCUUGAUAGCUUAUCCC